AUGGCCGCCGAAAAUGUCGAGGCUGGUUGGAUAACAGUUCACGGACAGAGCCAGGGGCAUCCCGACCGUCUCCCGGCGGCUCUGCGCGAGCCCUACGAAAGAUCCUUGAUCAAGAAAUGGGAAGCCUCGGAUGGCCAUUGGUCUGGAAUUGGCAAACAUCCCGACUUCGUCGAAUCUAAGAAGUUACAUCACAAGAUCGUCGCUCCCAAGGACAACCUACUUGGCUGUGGCGCAUAUGGUAGCGUCGAGAAGGUCACGUACCGCUCGGUCUGCCUUGCGCGGAAAUGGAUCAAACCGCGACGCAAUCGGACCCUUGAAAUCAUACGCGCCGAGUCGCACGUUAUGGAAAAGCUUGACCAUGAGCAUAUUGUCAAGCUGAUUGGCACCUAUACCUUCAGGCAGCGCGAGCUCUAUCUUCUGUUAUGGCCCGUUGCGGUCUGCAACCUCAGCGAAAUACUGGCCGACAUCGAGUACUUCAGAAACGGAGAAGGUGACGGAGAGGACAUCAGAAGACUAGAAGCCCUGGAUCUUACGGACCUUCGGGCUAUCAAAAGCAGGAACCGAGAUGCUGCUGGCAACAAGUGCCCUCUGAAUUUCCUUCAACGCAUCAUGGGUUGCGUUGGCCAAGCUGUUGCAUACUGCCAUCGCGCAAAGAUCCGCCAUCUCGAUAUCAAACCAACGAACAUCCUGCUGAAUCCGGAGAGGGUGUACCUGGCCGAUUUUGGCAUCGCUCGAGAUGUUACAGACCAGGAGAGGACGACUACAAUUGGGCAUCAGGGGACGCCGAAAUGGCGCGCACCUGAGAUUUGCGAUCCCGAAGAUUGGUCCAUGAGGGCUGCUGAGAUCUACUCUUUGGGGCUGAUUUAUCUCAACAUUGCCACCGCUGUUUACAACGGCAACUUAUCAACCUUCGACACCAUUCUCGAAGACCCAGCACCGGAAUCUCGAGUAGAGAAGCUCCGUAACUACCAGGAGCAACUGGCUGUUGAGGCUUUGGCCACUCAGCAAUUCCAUGACUCCAAAGCCCCAACGGUCACGCCACGACAUAUUCUUGACCUGACUAAGCGGAUGCUUUCGCCUGAGCCAGCAAGCCGGCCAGAUGCGUUCCAGGUAGACGUGGAGCUCGUCGACCUCGGUGGCAUCGAGCAGAACUGCAUGGCAGACCCGCAACCAGGCGGUGAUGACGAGCGGUCCGGCUCCGCCGGCGUCUCGGCCCACAGAAUCCCCGUCUCCGAAUCCGUCGGCCCCACUACCUUCCCGCGGCUCCGCGUCUCGGUUGCCGAUCCUGAAAACCCCGGCCACGCCGCGCAUGUCUUCGUCCAUAUUCUCCCGCCGCAGCUUCGGGACCGCUACGGAAACCGCGCCGACUCCGCCGGCACCGGCUCCGUCAGACGAGCCGUCGAGUCCAAUAUCAUCCAUCCCGCCAUCUGCCACAUCGGUCUUGUCCUCGCCGCGCACCACCAAUGUGGAGAUGGCACCAAGAGCUGGGCUGCUGUGGCUGGCGAAGCGAAGGGGUCUGCCAAGAUUAUCAUCGGCUCGCCGUCGAAAGCAAGCGCCAUGCUGCCGCCAGUUGCGACAGUUGCGACAGUUGCUGGUCGAGGGAGAAGUAGAGAUAGGAACCUAGCUGGUUCCUGA